AAAUCAAAUUUGAGUUAUAACAACUUCAUCUGAAUUUCAAGUGUUUUCAAGAAGACAAAGCAAGAAGAAAAUGGCUGACAACUCUCAGAAGAUGAGCUACCACGCUGGUGAGGCCAAGGGCCAAGCUCAGGAGAAGGCCAGUGGGAUGAUGGAUAUGGCUAACAAUGCAGCCCAAUCCACCAAGGAGACAAUGCAAGAUGCUGGUCAGAAUGUGCAGGCUAAGGCUCAAGGAGCUGCUGAUGCAGUCAAGAAUGCCACUGGCAUGAACAAAUCAAGCUGCUCAUGAUGAUCAUUUUCAUGACUUUUAAUCACUUUAUAGAGUUAAGAUGAUGGCAAACUUUCAUUGAGUUUUAUAGACUUCUAUGUAAUUUUUUUUUUCUUACCCUUCUUUCGAAUGAAGGAAUUGAAAAUUGCAUAGAAUUUUAAAAUGAUGGAAUUUAGAUCUCCAUCGUUUUAAGUUAUGGAAAUUAAUAAUUUCAGUGUUAAAAAUUUAUGUAUGUCGAAUUUUGCAAAUGAAAUUUCAGGGAAAAACGAAUUCCUUCACUCAA